AUGGCUAGAGGAAUUGAAGGCAACGAGAUUGCUACGCCCCGUGUGCCCAAACUCCAGAAAUCGGCCUCGUCGGCAUCACAAUCAGCAAAGCAGCAAAAGAGCAUCUUGGGCUUCUUCCAGCGGAAGACGGCGCCUGCUUCAUCACCUGCUGCACCAAACGAUACUGCAGCUGUUUCAAGCCCUCCACCGCAAUCCUCGCCUGUUCCUGCCAAUUUUAAUGGUAAAGAGAAUGCAGAACCGCUAGUGAAGCCAUCACUUCUCUCCUCGAGUCCUGUCCGCAAUGGCAAAAAUAAAGUCAACUACGCCGAGUCCGACGACGAGGAUGACGAGCCUGUCCUUCGCCAACGCUCCAACAACGCAACGGGACGCUCUACCAAGAGAAGGAAGUUGGCCGACGAAUCAGACGAGGAGUUUGCCAUGGACGAUGCUACCGAGGCACUGAUGGCUGCCGCUGACGAUGCCGACAUGCAAGACUUUGUUGUCGAUGAUGAUGCCUCGGAAGACGACGCUCCUGUCAAACCUAAGAAGUCUAGCCAGACGCGGAAGCCUUUCAAACAGCCUUCUCCCAUUGCAGAAGACGAACCAAGUCAGAGUCCGGAGAUGCCAUCUACCUCGACAGCUCAGCAAUGGAACUUCGAUCCGGACACCAUCCAGCCAUACGCCUCCAGGAAGACGCCUCAACGCAAACCACAAACUGGCCCUCCCAAGAAGCAGAAAGCUCACAUGUCAGAGCCUGAUGCUCGCUACCCUUGGUUGGCCGAUAUAAUGGAUGCGGACCGCAACAAGCCCGGUAAUCCAGACUACGACCCACGCACUCUCUUCAUCCCUCCCUUGGCAUGGAGCAAGUUCUCUCCUUUCGAAAAGCAGUACUGGGAGAUCAAGUCAAAGUUUUGGGACACGAUCGUCUUCUUCAAGAAGGGCAAGUUCUACGAACUGUAUGAGAAUGAUGCCACUAUUGGUCAUCAGCUGUUCGAUCUGAAGAUGACUGACCGUGUCAACAUGCGCAUGGUCGGUGUUCCAGAAGCCUCGCUCGACCACUGGGCCAAUCAAUUCGUUGCCAAAGGUUUCAAAAUUGCCAGAGUCGACCAGAUGGAAACCGCUCUUGGCAAAGACAUGCGUGAGAGAGAUGAAAAGACCGGCAAGGGGGGUAAGCCAAAGAAGGAAGAGAAAGUCAUUCGUCGCGAGCUGGCCUCCGUCUUGACCUCUGGUACUCUCGUCGAUGGUGGCAUGCUGCAGGACGACAUGUCGACCUACUGUGCUGCUAUUACAGAGCGCGAAGUAGAUGGGCUACCUUCCUUCGGUAUCGCUUUCGUCGAUACUGCAACAGCUCAAUUCCAGCUCUGUGACUUUGUCGAUGAUGUCGACAUGACCAAGUUUGAAACAUUUGUCGCUCAGACGAGGCCUGGCGAACUGCUGCUCGAGAAGUCAUGCAUCUCAUCCAAAGCUGUACGUAUUCUGAAGAACAACACCAGCCCCACGUGUCUCUGGAACUACCUCAAGCCGGAAAAGGAGUUUUUGACCGCCGACAAGACUGCACUCAAAAUCACCGGCGAGCACUACUUCAAGUCUGACGAUAACGAGAACGAUGAUACUUGGCCUGCUUUGCUCCGAGAAGCUAGGGAGAAAGAGCUUUGCUUCUCUGCUCUCGGCGCUUUGAUUUGGUACCUUCAGACGCUCAAAAUUGAGCGUGAUCUGAUAUCGCUUGGCAACUUCAACUGGUACGACCCGAUAAGAAAGGCAUCCAGUCUUGUACUCGAUGGACAAAGUUUGAUCAACCUUGAGGCAAGUCCAAUCCAUUACGAUGGUGGCACCGAGGGCACACUCUUCGCUAUGUUAAAUCGCUGCAUCACACCUUUUGGUAAGCGUAUGCUACGCCAAUGGGUCUGCCACCCACUGGCAGAUGCUGCAAAGAUCAACGCAAGACUUGACGCUGUAGAGGCACUCAAUGCCGAUCUCACGAUUACCGACCGCUUCACAGCAUCUCUGUCCAAAAUCCCUGAUCUUGAACGUCUCAUUUCUCGCAUCCACGCAGGCAGAUGCAAGGCUACAGAUUUCGUCAAGGUUCUGGAAGGCUUUGAACAGAUCGAGUACACGAUGAGUCUGCUCUCAAGCUUCGGCGAGGGCGAAGGUGUUCUCGGACAACUCAUAUCAUCGAUGCCUGAUCUUGCCGGAGCGUUGGCUCAUUGGACUGAUGCUUUCGAUCGUGAACAAGCGAAAGACCAGAACCUGCUUGUGCCCAAGCUGGGCAUUGAAGAAGACUUUGACGAGAGCCAAAAAACGAUUGAGGAGAUUGAAGGCCAACUACAGUCUUUACUCAAGCGUUGUCGUGAUGAGCUGGGCACUUCUGCUGCCAAGUACACUGACAACGGCAAGGAAAUCUACCAGAUCGAAGUUCCGGUCAAGACCAAGAAUAUCCCCAAGAACUGGAAGCAGAUGUCCUCGACAGCCAAAGCAAAGCGUUACUACUUCGCUGAGCUGGAAAGCUUGAUUCAAGAUUUGAAAGAGGCGCAAGAAACCCACGGACAGAUCGUCAAGCAAGUUGCAGGUAGAUUCUACGCUCGCUUCGACCAGGACUAUGCCAUCUGGCUUGCUGCAGUGAAGAUCGUUGCCCAUCUGGACUGUCUUAUAUCUCUGUCCAGAGCAUCUGCCUCGCUCGGAGAACCAAGCUGCAGGCCCGAGUUCGUCGACUCUGAGCGUAGUGUGCUCGAAUUUUCCGACCUUCGUCAUCCGUGCAUGCUCAACACAGUCUCGGACUUCAUCCCCAACGACAUUGCUCUUGGUGGCGAUAACCCUAGCAUCGAUCUCUUGACCGGUGCCAACGCAGCCGGUAAGAGUACUGUCCUGCGCAUGGCUUGUAUUGCUGUCAUUCUGGCUCAAGUCGGCUGUUUUGUACCUUGUGUCGCAGCACGCAUGACUCCUGUUGAUCGUAUCAUGUCUCGUCUGGGAGCUCACGACAACAUUCUGGCUGGACAAAGUACGUUCAUGGUGGAGCUGAGCGAGACGAAGAAGAUCUUGUCUGAAGCCACACCUCGUUCGCUGGUCAUUCUCGAUGAGCUUGGUCGUGGUACGAGCAGUCACGAUGGUGUCGCCGUUGCACAAGCAGUUCUUCACCAUGUCGCUACGCACACCGGCUGUAUUGGUUUCUUUGCUACCCACUAUCACUCGCUCGCGGCAGAGUUCAGCUCACACCCCGAAAUCUCACCCAAGCGCAUGGCUAUCAUGGUGGACGAUACCGAACGCCGCAUUACCUUCUUGUACAAGCUCGAGCCCGGUGUGGCUGAAGGCAGUUUCGGUAUGCACUGUGCAGCUAUGUGUGGUAUCCCAGACGCAGUCAUCCAGCGCGCAGAAGACGCGGCAAAGGAAUGGGAGUACACGGGUCGUCUGCAAGUACGUGCCGAGGAGCGCAAGGAAGGGGAACUGCCUCUUGGACUGCUCAGCGAUAUUGCAUGGAUGCUAAAGACGGCUGACAGUGAGGUCCCUGAAGGUGAAGAGGGCAUUGGUGAGCGUGGUCUCGAGGUGUUGAGAAGAACCAUUACUGCAUUGUAG